UCUCUAAAACACCAACAUAGACCGUCCAAAAUAUUUUAGCCUGCAAAAAAGCAAACGAAAAAAAUAAGAGAGAGAGAAAAUCCUUCGUAAUAUGGUCUGAUAUUAUUUGCACAGGACAUAUCUACGAUGACUGCAUCUGCAUUACGAUAUAAGAGACACUCGGUCUCAUGCAAUCUCAGCACGGUUGCAGUGCAAAUAGGGUCUGCUAACUAGCUGUAGCAAAAAGGCUAACUAUUGGAAAACAGCACGCAGAGCUGCUGGGGUACAUGAGCGAGGGGGGCAGGGUGGGACAGAGUGUAGCAGGCCCUGUUCAUCUUGACCAGGCUAAAAGAUGGAUGCAUAGUGAGAAGAGGAGUAGCAGAAAAACUAUUUUUCACAGACCUCAAGAAUGGUAGAGGAGGAUUUUGCUUCCAACUAUGGAAAAAAGAAAAAUAUAUUAACUGAAACCAGGAAACAGUGAUGUAAACCACUUUUUUCAGAAGGAUUUUGAAUUAAUAGAUAUUGGUUGUAAUGAAGUCAGCCAAUGGGAAUUGGAGGAAUCCAUCCUACUGUGGGAUGGUCAUGAACUGAAAAAAUGUAACCCAAGAAAGUGGAUUUAUUUUUUAUUUUAUUCAGAUCAAACCACAUAUAGCACUUCAAUUGCUCUUCCCAAAAUGUGAAAACAAGAUUGUUGCAGCACAUUUUCUUACCAACCCAUACGUAUUUGCCCUCUCAUGACACACUGAGACUGACAUUUGUUUUAUAUCAAAGGUAAACCAUUCAAUAUAACUGUGAUACAAUGUGAAGCCAAAGGGGAAUUGGUUUUGGUCAUUGCAUUAAGUGACAUCAUGAGCCAUUAAUCAUUAAAAUCACACAGAAGGCUCAAAAACAAGAAUGAACCACCUUUUUUUUCUUUUUAUUUUUUUUUUAGAAAUUCCACAUUCAUAUUACAAUCAAUUCAAAAAUGUCCACUCAUUGCCUCAGUCUCACCCUGAGACUAUUUGGGUAAAGAAUGGAACAUUGAGUGCCAACUUAAAAUAAAACUACACCAGUAAUAUAAGAAAUACUGGUGAGGUGGAAGCGUGCUUGUGAGGUAUCACAGUUUUUUUCCCCCCAUCGGUACUGCUUUUUCUGACCACAACUUAUUAGGGAACCACUGUGGAAAUAUUGUUGCUGCUCGUAGAGCAGAAAGUGUUGCCCCUGUACACCCAUGUUUUAGUAACUGGGAGAUGUUCCAGUUUGGAAAGUACAAUGUGGACAUCAUAGAGAUGCUGAGUGGACACCAGGCCCAUCAGUUUAAAGGUCUUGGAUUAGAUCGACAACUUCAACACCAACAGCAAGUGCAACUUCACCAACACCAGUUACAGCAACAGCAGCAAGGUGAGACAUCUGGGGCAAUUUUGUCUGGACUUGGCUUAGGCCCACUACAAGGAUCUAGAGGCAGUGCCUUUUCGGACUCUGCAUCAAUUUUUGCAAAAAUGAGUGCACCUCCCCCACCUCUACAUCAACAAUCCCUUUCUUCAUCCUCUCAAAGUUUGAGGAAAUCAAGCAAAAUGUCUGGAAGCAGUAGCAGCAGUGGAAGUCAUGUGACUGGAUAUCCCCAGUUUUUGCGUUCAUUUCAUCCAACUGAGGCAGCCCUUGCACAAGAGCAGUUGCAUUCAGGAGUAGGGCGAUUUGAUCAUUUUACCAGCAGUAGUGGAAGUGGAACUACAGGGGGAAUUGGAGGACUGGUUUCAUCUGUUCCACCACCACCCCCAUUGCAUCCAGGCCUAUCAGUACCCCAAGCAUCCCCUGGGCCAUCCUCCUCCUCUCCAUCCUCUUCAAGUUCUGUUUCAACCUCUAAUAACCCUCCCAGCAGUAGCACAGUAACUACCUUGGGCCAUCAGUUGGCAGGAUCUCAGUCUGAUGCCAGGAGCCUACAUCAACAGUUUAGCUGCAUGUUAGCGGCAAAUCAGUAUUUUCUUUCUGGAGUACCAGCCAAUUCCAGUCUAGAACAAUUUUUAGUUCAACAAGGCAGUCACAACCAUCUUGGUCUUGGUCUGAGCCAAGCUGCAGGAGAAACAAGCUCAGCUCUUGCUCCACCCCCCACUCUUCAUUCUUCACACACUCAUGGUCACUCAACCACUCUAUCACAUUCACAACAGCCACCACCACAACAGCAGCAUCUGCCACCUCACACUUUGUCUCACCCACAUCCACACCACCCACUGCACUCCUCCCAGUCCUCUACACUUGGGAGUUUUGACUUUCAAGGAAUCCCAGUGCUCUCCUCCAACCAGCUUGCAUCUCUCAUGCAGCAGGAAGCUGGUUUACCACUUCCUCUUCCUCUACAACUUUCCUUGUCCAAGGAGGAGGGAAAAGGUGAUAGUGCUGCUGGAGGAAGUGGAGGUGGUGGUAGGAGAAAGAAAGCAAUGGUUGGUUACCUGCCACAGAGAAAGACUGAAAGCAACAGUAACAGCCACAGCUCUACAAACCCUAACUCCCACAGUAGCACUUCCGGGGGACUCAACCAGGAUAAUUCUCCGGGCUUGGAUGGAAGUGGGAGUGUUGGUUUGUCAGGCAUUGGUGGAGACCCACCGUCCCACCUGACCUCCUCCACUUCUGUUGUCUCAUCAUCUUCCUUAGCAUCUUCUACUACGGCAUCAUCAGUCUUGGUGACAAAUGACUCUAAAUCAGACAACCAUGGUUCCAUGCCACCUCAUUCUCAGACUGAACAAGAAGCCCUUUAUCAUUGUGGAGAGUGUGGUAAAAAUUUCACACAUCUCUCUAGUCUGCGCAGGCACCUACGUAGUCAUGAAUUAACCACAGCUGGCACAAGUGGUACGAGAAGUAACAUUGUAAACCCUGUUCUGCAUCCUGCUGAUCCAAGUAUUCCUCACUCUACUCAAGAUGGCUCAGCCUCAUCUUCUUGUGCCAGUCCUGAUAAGACUUUUCAUUGCUGUGAGUGUGGCAAAGGUUUCAAGAAAAAAGGGCACCUCCUUCAGCAUGGUGUCAUCCACUCUGGGGCUCGGCCAUAUGCCUGCACAACUUGUAGUCGCGCUUUCAAUCGUCGUGAGUCACUCACCCGCCAUGAAAAGAUCCAUGAAGAGAAACCAUUCCGUUGUCUAGCUUGUGGACGCUGUUUUCGGGAAAGUACGUCCCUUUUAAACCAUGCAGCCUCAGGUACAUGUGGCAAGUCGGGACGUGCACCAAGAUCUAAGCAUGAAAGUAAUAUAGUUGAAGGCAAGGACAAUAAAACAGGGGGCUCCCAUGAUGGAAUAGCAACUAAUGCAGCGGUCUGUUGUGCAGGUUCUUACCGGAGUGAUGGUUUCAGUGAUGACUACAAGGACCAGCGCUCUCAAGGUAACAUGUAUUCUGCAACAUCCUCAUGUGGUGGAGGCAGCAUGACAGGGCCUGCACUUAGGAAGGCACCAUUAGCUCCGACUCUGCACCCACACCCACAAAGCCAAAACCAGCAGCAGCAGCAUCAUCAACAGACACAUCUUCCCCUUUCAUCUCUGUUAGAUGAUUCAGAAGAUGAUGUCACUAGUUCUGUAAACAAUGCCAUUUCUGCCAUCACUGCUGCAGCUGCAAAUUGUAUGAGUGGUGAUCUUACCCACAGUGGAGGUAGAGGGGAUGAUCGAAGGGAUAUCAUUGGUGGAUUACUUGGAGGUCUAGGUCUAGGGCCCCUUGGUUCACCUAGUGGUCCUUCAUCCAUAUCUAGUUUGGACAAGUCCUACAGAGGUAGUGUUAACCAGAGUGCAGUGGCCCUCAACCAGCAACCAAAUCAGCAGACACCUGGUGGAAAGACCAAGCGUCCCCGUAAGCCCCGCAAAAAAAAAGAACCUGGUGCUAUUGGUGUUGAGGCCACAAAAAGAAGACAGUCCUCUCACAGACCAGUUGGGCCUGAUGGGGAUGUUAGACCAUAUUUGUGCAGUGUUUGUGGUCGAGGAUUUGCAAGAAGAGAGACCUUGCGGAGGCAUGACAGAAUACACACUGGAGAAAAGCCUCACCACUGUACUGUGUGUGGCAAGUACUUCAGAGAGGCAUUUCAUCUUAGCAAGCACCACACAGUGCAUUCUGGAGAGAAGAACUACAAAUGCAUUCUGUGUGGAAAGGACUUUGGAUAUGCUCAGAGCCUUAAAAGACAUGGCAAGCUACACCAAAAAGGAGAACUGGAAGAAGUGCCAACAACACCAGGUGGGGACAACCUUAACAGCUAUCCAUCCACUGGUGGCAGUUUGAUACAGGGAGGUCAAGGCAGCUCUUCUUCAUUCUAUUCGUACACUCAAGACAUCAAACCACAGACAUCAAACCCUCAGCCCACUCCUAGACUGUACACAUGUGCUAUAUGCUGGAAAUCAUUCCGCCAUCACUUUCACUUGACUGCACAUCACCAAUCAGUUCACGAGGGUGGUGGUGAAAAGCUGUUUUCUUGUGAAGUCUGUGGGAAGGCUUUUGCAUACUCCAACAGCCUUACAAGACACAGGCUUUCUCAACAUGGCUUAACACGAACUGGCCAGGCAGUAGCUCAGAGGAGCACAGGUGAAGAUAACAGUGUUGGUGGUUCGAUAUCUGAAAGUGAAGCUGCUACAAAUGCUUUGCUUCAGCUUGCACCACCAAGUGGCACACAUGGCGAACAACAUUCUCAUGGUGGAGUUCUUCAUGGCCAGCAGCCUCCUCCUCAACCUCAAGCUGGUUACUCCUCUCUCUUCUAUCUACCUGAUGACAGUGCAUCACACCCCUCUUCAUCCAAUGCCUCCACUUAUUCUCAUUCUCUGCCCUCAAGUUCCUCAGUGCCUCUACUUUGUAACCAUCAGCAGCAACAUACUGGGGUAAAGGGUGAGCCCAUUUACCAAACGGGUCAUGGACAUACUUUUAAUCUGAACGCACCUGUACAUUCCCUUGCCUUGCUUCCAUCACAGCCACAUCAGCAGCACCAGAACCCCCAGCAACAUUCAGCUGAGAUUCAUUCUACGCACCACCACACUUUUCAAAGCCAAGAGGAGCUGAGCAGACGAAAAAAAAAAAAAAGACGGGAAGAGAGAGGGGAGAUAGGCUACAAAUGGAUGCCAGCUGCAAGAGUGGAGAGAGAACAGGUGGAACUCUCACUUGGGGAAAGGCAGAAAAAUGAGAGGACACUUCAAAGGAGACGGAGGAGAGCAAUUCGUAGGAAGCAACAUACAAUUAAGAAGCGUAUGGCUGUGCUUGUGAGAAUCACACGAGGAAGUGGAGGAAGUGCAAUGUAUGAACUGGGCCUUCCAGGUGGACUGAAGCUUAACAGGCUGCAUUCUAUUAAAGUUCCUCUGAAACGGAGGUCCUGUCCUCUGUGCCUUGGAGCUACCUUUUCACAGCAGGCAGCACUUAAGGUUCAUAUAGCAGCUAGACACUGUCCCAGAGUGAGUGGCCUUCAGCAUCGUUUGAGAUGUCCAGUAUGUGGAAAACAGUCUCGCAAGUUCCUCUCAGCCCUCAUCCAUAGAAGCUCCCAUUUAGCUAACAGAGCAUUUUCUUGUAAACAUUGUGCCUGUCGUUUCUGGAAUGCAAUGCUCCUCACAAGGCACAAGAAGGUGUGUCGAGGGAUGCUGGCUAGUUUUCGACGAGAGAGGGCUCUUUGUGUGAAAUUAGUGAUGGGAUCAACAUACAGGAGGUUUGAGUGUAAAGGGAACUCGUCAGCCCUGCAUAUGGAAUACAAUCACUGAGUCCUUGUCAUUAAACAAAUUUUCAAAUGCUGUGUGAGGCGAGAUAUUGAGCGUUGGGAUUUUCCUGACAAAAACACUGAUGUAUUUGACUGGACAUCCCAUUUACUAAUUUAGUCGUUAACUGUGUGUGUUAUAAGAGCUUUUUCUUUUCUCUUAGUCAUAAUAAAUUUCCUCUCAUAACUUGCAACCCUAGAAAUGAACACCCUCAACAAACUCACAAAUAUAUCAAAUGCAUUUUAAAAGAAAGGUUUAGCCUACCCAUCUAUCCAGUUCCAAACCAGUAUUCUCAGAGGAAACUCUUGUUCAUAAUGAAAUUAUCCUUUGCUCCUUGGAUGGCAAUAGAUAAAGUAUUAGUGAUUUGACUAAUAUUGUACAUUACCCUAACAGUAGGUUAUUGCUCACUGUUCCUCAACAUAUGCUCUUGUAGAAUUAUUCUGUCUCUGAUAUAUAUUGUGUUGUUGGUGUUCACUUAGAGCAAGACUGGAGAUGUGAUUUUGUUGAUGUAAAAAGUCCAUUCAGUAGCAGGAGAAAAGAAGGGUCCUACUAUGAAGAUGAGUGUUUUGUUCAAAAGAGUAUUUAAAUUACUGCAUGUUGGACAUAGCUGUCCGUGUAUUGAAAGGUCAGUUUGAUUGAUGACACUGUGAACUCUGAUAAAAAGCUGUUGGCAAAACCAAUUGAAAAUGUUAACUCUUAAUAGAGGAAUUAAAAGAAACUAAUACAUCUUAACAUGCUGAUUAACAAUUCACAAUAUCCAAGAUUAUUAUUAUUUUUUUUUUUAUGUAUUCACUGUUUGGAAUGAAAACUAGCAUUAAGAGGUAAUGCCAGCACUUAGGAAAAAAUAUUUUUUUCCACAUAACCAGUCAGAGGACAAAUAUAAUGUUAGAAGUGAAUUGACUGAUUCUGUGCCCUAAAUUAACUUAGGGCAAAAGCCUUACCAAAUUGAGACAAUUAAAGGACACAUUUUAUUGGUAGUAACAUUUAUGUAUAGAGUUUAAGGGAGGAAUGGAAAGAAAUAAGUGUACUGUAAUGUAAAUUGUGUCAAUAUUUUAUUAUAUUUCUUUUUUCUUUUAUUAUAAGUCAGUCAUCUUCAUAGCUACACUUCAGGUAGUAAGAAGAGUGAUUUGUAGGAAUUUAUACUUUAGAUCAUGUCUUGCCAACUAUGAACGUAUUCCACAUUUCUCACCUUUUAUGUAGAGAUGCCAUACUACUUAUAGCCUCUCUUUUUCUUUAAAAGAAGAAAAGUAAUAAGUAUGUUUCCAUCAUUUUGAUUACAUAUGAUAAGCUGGUUGUUGAUAAUGCUCGAGCAUUUAAUAAAAUGUUAUAUCCUCGUUAA